UGACUUCAGCUCUCGUGUGUGUACAGCAGCUGAUCGGAGCUGGAUCAGAUCAGAUCCCAUCAGACCGUCGUUUCCGUUUUGGUACCGUGAAUGAGCAGAGCGCCGCCACUCACCACUCAGCAGGAACCUGCUGCGCCUGCGUUGGAGAGGCCUUGUGCUUGAGAGACCACCGACGCCUGCGGACAAUGCUAAGCUAAACAGUAAUCGGGCUUCGUGAAUGUGAGCUGUUGGUGAAAGAAGAGAACAGUGAGGAAAUAUCCUUCCAGCUACGCGCGGCCAAACGAUGGAGGUCUGACGGUCAUGUAGAUAAUUGUCUAACGCUGCUGUGAACGUGUACAGAGUCGAUGCUGGAAUCCUGCGGAGCCUGUCUGCUGUUUACAGAGACAUUUUGUUAGCGCUCACGUCCAGCUGGAAGAUGUGGUUGAAACUGUUCUUCCUUCUCUUGUAUUUCAUAGUGUUAUUUAUGUUAGCGAGGAUUUUUGAGGCAGUGGUUUGGUAUGAGACUGGUAUGUUUGCUACCCAGCUUGUUGAUCCAGUGACUCUAAGUUACACGAAGUUGAAGACGAUCCUGGAGUGUCGAGGGCUGGGAUACUCCGGACUGGCUGAGAAGAAGGACGUCAGAGAGCUAGUAGAGAAAUCAGGAGACUUGACACAAGGGGAGCUGUACUCCGCUAUCAAGAAAAAGAAGGAGCAGACAGAUGCAGGAGAUUCCAGUACCACACACUUUAGUGGAGAGAUGCACUUUUAUGAAUUAGUGGAAGAUACUAAAGAUGGGAUCUGGCUGGUUCAGGUCAUUGCCCAGGACCGGGAAGCCCUGCUCAGUCAGUCCAAUUGGGGGAAGAUGGUGCAAAAAGUGUCUCAGUUUGGGAUCAGAACUGGAACCUUCAACUGUUCUAAUGAUUACAGGUCAUGUAUCAAACGUGGUUGGCAGCACUCCACUCUCAUCAUGUCUGUUCCUCAGACUUCAGCGUCUAAGGGCAAAGUCAUGCUAAAAGAAUACAAUGGCCGUCGCAUUGAAACUGAAUACAUUUUCCGCUGGAUGACCUCACAUGUGGCUCAUCGAAUCAAAACUUUGCGUCAGUCUGAGCAGCUAAUGGAGGAGUGGCACUCUGAUCCUACUUACCCAGUAAAGAUGUUUCUGUUCGCCCGUCUGUCCCAGCCGCCCACCUUCUUCUCCUCACUGUCCGUCAAGUUCACUGGCAGGAUUGAGUUUAUCUUUGUGGAUGUACGACACUGGGACAACCUCAGCACCCUAUCUGAAAUCGGUGUGACACAGAGUCCUGCCUAUAUUCUCAAGAUGCCUGAGGGCAUUUAUCGCUACGGUGACAGUACUGGGGAGAUCCUGUCCUUAGCUGCCAUGGAUACUUUCCUGCGUUCAGUACAGCCAGAGGUCAAUGAUCUGUUUGUCCUCAGUCUGGUGCUCGUCAACUUGUUGGCCUGGAUGGACCUCUUCAUUACACAGGGGGCAACAGUGAAACGAUUUGUAGUCCUCAUUCGCACCCUUGGAACCUACAACUCUGUACUGCUGGUGUCCUGGCUCCCUGUUCUGGCUCUCCUUCAGCUGCCCUAUCUGGAUACUCUGUAUGGUUACAGUCUGAAGCUGCUACGUUAUGCUGAUACCACCACAUUGGCCAGCCUUGUGAGAGCUGACUGGACCUUCUACUCAUCCCACCCAGCUCUCUUCCUGUCCACUUACCUGGCCCAUGGUCUGUUGGUUGACUACUUUGAGAAGAAACGCCGCUGUGGUGACAGGAGCCAAGAGGACAGCACUACCAACCUGGAGUGGCUGGCCAGUCUGUGGGACUGGUACGCGUCCUAUCUGCUCCACCCAAUUGCUUCAUUACAGCAGUUCCCAUCUGAUCAUUCAGACUGGGAGGAUGAUCCCAACGUCUUAUUUGAGCGUUUUGCAUUCCCUGAUCUGUGGCUUCGCCCAUUAGUAAACAUAGAUUACAUUAAAGCACUGCCAACGUGGAGGCUCAGAGCUGUUAGACUUUACAGUGGAAACAAAUUAGAUGAAAAGCUGGAUGAGGAGAGUGAUUGCUCACAUUCAGAUACAGAGUGCAGGGCAAAUAGGGACUCCCCUCCUUCAUGUCCCAUCAGACCUUUACACAGGAGCAUAAGGCACAAGAGAUCAUUGUGCAAUCAGGACAGCAACACACAGCUAUCUGUGUGUAGGAACAUGAACCCCAGCAGCUGCCAGCAUGUGUGCACUGCUGUUGCAUCAUCCCUCUGUUGCAGUCAUAGGAACGAAAGCUCACCAUUAGCUGACAAGACACUGAAGGAUGGCUGCCUCACACCAAAGUGUGUCUCUAACUGUCAGCAGUGUGAUUGGGCUGGGUGGCCUUGUGACAUGCUUCAGUGUUCAGAGUGUGUGGUGUGUCUGGAGAACUUUGUGAGUGAGGAGCUGCUGACGGGUCUGCCAUGUGGCCAUGCCUUUCACCAGCAGUGCAUUGUGGUGUGGUUGGCAGCAGGUAGACACUGCUGCCCAGUGUGUCGAUGGCCCAGUUACAAGAAGAAACAGCAGAGAGCUGCACAAAGCAGUUUCACUGAAAGUACACUGCAGGAAUGAUCACCAGGACGGUAUCCUUCUGAUCUCUGUGUCUUCUCUUAAACUCACUGGGCAUUUAGACAAUAUCUUACCAUCACAAUUUACUUGGAAUGAAGUUAGGACUGAGGAGGAAUUGAAAAGAAAAAAAUUAAGUGUCAAGUAAUGUAAUAGGGGCUGCUGUUAUUUUGUCAUUAGUCAGCUUGUUCCAUUCCUGUUGAAGGCAAUGUGCUGACCAUCAAGAAAGAUGGAACUAUCAAAAGCCAACUGCAAUGCUUCCUGCAUAGAGAGGAUAAUGACUCACACAUUAUCCACAUGUAUAGUCAUGGUAAACUAUGUAGUGCAAUAAAAACAUAAUUAUAGUUUUGCCUUAUUCAUCUAGCAGACUACUGCUGCUUUUAGGACUGUGAGGAAAGUAGAGGCUGUUCACCCCAAAAACUACUACAAGAAGUGACUAAUCAAGUUAAAUGAAUCAGAACCUAAUUGUAUAAAAAUACACAUGUACAAUGUCUACUCCAUCCUGUAUGCUUACCAAAUACAAAAAGAACAUUCCUUUA